CUGUGCAUCGCAAACAUUCGCCCCAAAUUCAGGCUACAGCGCCCACGACAGUGCUUGAGCUGUAUGGAAUCUGGCCGCCGAAUUCUGGUCGGGUCGGAGGCCGCAUUCGGGUAUGUAAAAGGCAGCUGUCUUGGGGAAAAUUUACCGGGUAAGCCAGGCCAUCAGCUUAUGCUAUCGUGUCCGCCUCGACCAUCGGUCUCGGCUCCUAGAGGAUGGGACGAGUGA